AUGGAAGUUAAAGUUGAUGAAUAUCACGCAACUCUUAAAAUUCUUCUUAUUGGAAAUUCGAAUGAUACGGCGGGUCAAGAAAGAUUUAGAGCUCUUACUUCUACAUAUUAUCGUGGUGCACAAGGAGUAAUGCUUGUUUAUGACGUUAGUAAUCGAGAAACUUUUGAACAGUUGGAUAAUUGGUUCAAUGAAUUACAUCUUUAUUGUACAAACAAAGAGGUGGUAAAAAUGAUAGUUGGAAAUAAAGUAGAUAAGGAACAUUCAAGAAUAAUUUCACGUAAAGAAGCAGAAGCUUAUGCGGAUAAAACCAAAACUUUAUUUGCUGAAUGUAGUGCGAAAACUAAAUUUGGAGUGAAUGAAAUUCUCAAAAAACCAAGUUCACAGAGAAAAAUUGAACCACAAAUUCAAGUUACGAAGCGUGAAGUAUCAACAAAUACUCAAACAAAUUAUUGUUGUUCCAAUGUGUAA